AGCCGUGUUGGCUCAAGUCCUUUAGGAUGAAUCCAUUGUGGCUCAAAGUUGUAGCCCACAGCCACUGUUCGAGCUCGUAGCUGUAACCGGCAAGUUUCCCCACUCGAGGGGAAAUUCGCGAAGUUCCUGCAGAUGGGGAGCUCUCUCUCUUCAUGUUACGCAAGUAGCCACGAAUCAGAGACAACGAUCGUCUUGCCGGGCGUUGAGACCGUUGCCAUCGUCGGUGGGGGACUGGCCGGAUUCAUAUGUGCGUACUACUGCGCCAAGAACGGAAAGCACGUGGAGGUUUUCGAGCGGAAGGGUCAGGUCGGUGCAGCGACGGCGUAUGGCCCUGCAGGGGUCACGAUGUGGAAGCCCGUCAAGCGAGGCCUCAAGUGGUCCGGCACCGUGGAUCCACUUGCAGGAGGGUUUCAUGGCUUUGCUAACUACUUCGAGGGAUCCACAUGGCAGCUCCUGGAUAAGGACCCUCGCAGGCCAUCGCUGAUGCUCGCGGCCCAGCAGGUUCACGCCGAGUUCGUACGAGAGAACCCCGACGCCCAGAAUAUCAUGCACGACGAUGGCCUCAUGUACAUCUUGGACGAAGAGCUUUUCAAGGAGAACCAAGCUCUGUUCAAAGGCGACCCCUCGAUGGUGUUCUAUACGAAAGAUGAGUUUGAGAGGAGCGAGUGGUUUGCUCCGAUGUACGAGGGGUGCAGCUACUACGGGGUCCUGUGGUCCAAAGAGGAGGGCGCCAUCGACCCUCACCGGUUUGUGCUCUUCCUGUCCGAGAGGGUCCAGUCGAUGGGGGGCAAAGUCCACGUGAACAGCACCGUGACUCGCCUGGAGGAGGUCAACUACGCAGGCAAGGUUGUCGUUCACCUCCCGCCCAAUACGGCCCAAUCUCUCCCCUUCGACGCCGCCAUCGUGUCUGUGGGGGCCGCCACGCAUCCUGGCGAUCUGCUGCAGGCCAGCGGCAUCCAGGACCCCGUGGACGAGAUCUACGGGGUGAAGGGCUACACUGUUACUGGUCGGAUGCCAAAGGGUUUCUUAAAGAUGGGCGUAGUCGACGCUGUGGACACAAAGUUCAUCAGGCCGUGGAUUGACAAUCGGGGGCAAUUCUGCAUCCGGGCCGGCAGCAUUGCAGAUCCUUUUGAUCCAGACGAGCCUUACGCUAUCAAUUGGGAUCGCUUGGACGAGUUCAGGGAUAAUCAGUUUAUUCAACCGUAUUCGAUCACAUUGGGGAUACCCGUGGAGUGUCAGCACACCUUUGCUGCGCACGGCUUCGCGACGGCUUCGCGAACACCCACGGAGUGAACGCAGACGUUGUACAUGAUGCUGUCGUCGAGGAGGGGAAGCUAGAGGUCUGGACGGGCAUUCGGCCUGUGAACAGACAUGGGCGAGUUCCAUUAUUCCGCUGGGCGAACGGGACAACGCGGGUCCUCAUCGUUUCCGGUUUCGGCUCCAACGGCUACGUGAUGUGUUGGCACACGGGCCCGCGAGUCGCGAAAUUGAUGGGCUGAGCCUGCGCGCUGUAGCACAGCUCCGUGUAAUAACACUGUUCAUCAGCGGUUCGCCCAGAAGGCUCGCAGGCGAUGGUACCCCCAAAGCUGUGGUACUGGUCUCCUGUGUGACGGGGGCCCUCCGCCUCCCUCUUUAUUGGGCUGGCCUCCGGCCAAUCCAGUAAACCCUAAACUCUAAACCCUAAACCCUAAAACCUCUUGAGCGAGCUCAAGUCCACGCUCUCAGAAACUCACACGCCGGAUCGGCGGAUUCUUUCGGGGAAGUUUGAGGAGUGCGCGAGCCCUGCCUGGCGAGACAGCUGUCGCGAUCCUGAGAGCGCGCAUUGCGCCCAGCUCACGAGUCCUCGCCGAGGACCUGGGACGGCGUCGCACCGCGGAGGUCUCGCACCCCGCAGCGUGCUGCACGGGCCGCUCCCAGAAGUGCCUCCUCCUCGAGGGAGCGAGGGGCCGAUCUCCACCCCUCUUGCGGCAGCUGGCGGCAGGCCCGCCGAAUCCCCACGAUGGCCGUAAGCCGAGGGCGGCAAGUCGACCAGGAACUCUAUUCGAAGCUUGCCAGAGGCUGGCGGAGGCAAAGGAUCACCCCACGGAGCAGGUCGGCGCUGGCGUCCCCAGUGUGCCCGACAGUUGACCACGUGGUCCGCUCCUCCUGGUCCCAUGUCCAUGGUCGUGAUCUGCGGGGGGCUGGGCAGGUGGUGACUCAUCCUGCUCCCCCUCCUCCGCCUGAUCCUCCUCUGUCAGGGCGAGGGCGGGGAGGGCAGAGGACGGACCUCGGGGAUGCUCAUUGCGAGAGUCAUGCGCGACCGCCAGAUGCGAGGCCAGCCAUCGGGACGGAUUCGCACUGGUCCGUUCGAUGGGGUUGAAGAGGAGA